UAAAAUUAUUUCAGAAGGAAAAUCCCGUGGCGACUUGGAUGCCGCGUACGGCGACGCAACGGACAGCGCGUGGACCGGAAGGAGACGGGAUUUGUGGUGUCCUAACACCGACAGCACCCGAACUGUUACCGCAAAAAAGCAAACGUCACUCCCACGCAAACUCUCGGAAGACAGCAACCCCAAUUCCUCUCCCUACUCCUGGGCCGCAGAGGGGGGAGUAAUGCCCGCAGCCUCUCGGCUGCAGCGGGUCGGCGCAGCCUUGGCCUUGGCGGCGUCCGCCUCCGCGGCCUCGUGGGCGGCGGGCAGGGGCGGCGGCGGCGCUUCUCCUCCGGGGCUGGAGGCGGCGCGGAGGAGGGUCGCCGACCCGGCGGCCGCGGUGCCGCCGAGGGGCGCGCAGGAGGCGGCGCUGGCGGGGGCCGCGCGGGCGGCGCCCCUCGACCUGCUGGUGGUGGGCGGCGGCGCCACCGGCUGCGGGGUCGCCCUCGACGCCGCCGCGCGCGGCCUCCGCGUCGGCCUCGUCGAGCGGGACGACUUCUCCGCCGGGACCUCCUCGAGGUCGACAAAGAUGCUACAUGGAGGGGUCCGAUACUUGGAGAAGGCAGUUUUUAAUCUUGAUUAUGGGCAACUGAAACUCGUUUUCAAUGCACUUAUAGAGCGGAAACAAGCAAUUGAGAAUGCUCCACACCUGUGCCAUCCUUUACCAUGUAUGACCCCCUGCUUUGAUUGGCUCGAGGUUGUGUACUAUUGGAUGGGCUUGAAAUUGUAUGAUCUUAUUGCUGGUCGAAGGAUGCUACAUUUGUCACGUUAUUACUCUGCAAAUGAGUCGUUUGAACUGUUUCCAACACUAGCAAGAGAUGGCCGAAAUAGAAGCCUCAAAGGAACCGUGGUUUAUUAUGAUGGGCAAACAAAUGACUCUCGGCUGAAUGUGGGAUUAGCUUGUACUGCUGCUUUGGUGGGUGCAGCAGUGCUUAACCAUGCAGAAGUUAUAUCCUUGAUUAAAGAUGAGGUUGGCGAGAGGAUUAUUGGUGCGCGCAUACGUGAUACGCUAUCAGGCAAAGAGUUUGAUACAUUUGCGAGGGUUAUUGUCAAUGCAGCUGGGCCAUUUUGUGACUCUGUAAGGAAAAUGGCUGACAAGGAUGCACCACUUAUGAUAUGUCCGAGUAGUGGCGUGCAUAUAGUUCUUCCUGAUUAUUAUUCUCCUGAAGGGAUGGGACUUAUUGUUCCCAAGACUAAGGAUGGUCGCAUCGCAUUCUUGUUGCCCUGGUUGGGAAAGACAGUUGCUGGUACAACCGAUUCUAGCACUACAAUAACAAUGCUUCCAGAACCUCGUGAAGAUGAGAUACAAUUUAUAUUGGAUGCUAUCUCUGAUUAUCUUAAAAUUCAGGUAAGGCGGUCAGAUAUUCUUUCUGCAUGGAGCGGUAUACGCCCGUUGGUUACAGAUCCCUCUGCAAAAGAUACUGGAAGUAUUUCUAGAGAUCAUGUUGUAUUGGAAGAUUAUCUUGGUCUUGUCACAAUUACAGGUGGAAAAUGGACAACAUAUAGAAGCAUGGCUGAAGAUGCAGUUGAUGCAGCCAUAAAAUCAGGCAGGCUAAAGCCCACUAAUGGCUGUGUGACUGAACACCUUCGUAUUGUAGGUGGAGAUGGAUGGGAUCCAGCAUUGUUUGCUAUUCUUUCACAACAUUAUAUAUGCAUGAAGAAGGCACGCAAUGGAAAAGUUAUCCCUGCAGUGAUGGAUACUGCUGUUUCGAAGCAUUUGUCUCAUUCUUAUGGGACCUUGGCUGAACGAGUGGCUACAAUUGCACAGAAUGAGAAUCUAGGAAAGCGGCUCGCUCAUGGAUACCCAUAUCUAGAGGCCGAGGUCGCAUAUUGUGCUCAUAACGAGUACUGCGAAACUGCAGUGGAUUUCAUUGCUCGGAGAUCUCGGCUCGCUUUCCUUGACACUGAUGCAGCACGACAGGCACUUCCCCGCAUAAUUCAAAUCUUAGCUUCCGAGCACAAGUGGGAUAAGGCUCGACAGAAUCUAGAACUUGAAAAAGCUAAAGAAUUUUUAGAAACUUUUAAAUCAUACAAAAAUGCACAGUUAACAGACGGAAAACAUGCUGGGAAGUGAUCUAAAUAACUUCUCAACAAAUAAAAAUAAUUAGAAGCUCCGCAACUUGGAUUCAAUUCUAUUUAAAGAGGCAGCUUUGAAGAUAUUCAAUUCAUUUUGAUGGCGAAAAAACAUCUUCUUUUUGUACAUUUGCUGGCCAAUUGAUACAAAUAGAGAGGUUAGUAAUAAAAUCACGGUGAAAUUUAAGAGAUUGUACUUGUUCCUGGGUUUUACUCCAAAAACAGCUUUUAACAGGUUGGUCUUUAAA